CUGUCAAAGGUAACCGGGAAGAGGGGCGCGGGGGAUCGCGCAUGAGCCAGCGCCGCCUCGCCCGCUCCAAGCGCGCGUGUGUGUGUGAGUGUGUGUGCGUGCGGGGGCCCUGGAGAGCUCGCCACAAGCACCGAGAGAUGGCGGAUCCAUAUUCCUUCAGAGGUGGAAGGAGAGCUGCAGGGUCCAGCAAAACUAGCGCAAGCAAAGAAGGCAGCAGGACAGAGAUGAGGGUAAAUCCGACCCCUGAGCCCCCCAAGCUGGAAAAUGCAACCAGCGACAAAACAGAAGGCAAGAAGAAAGGGAGACCUAAGGCGGAAAACCAGGUGCUGAAAGACAUUCCUCUGCCCCUGAUGAACCAGUGGAAAGAUGAGUUCAAGGCCCAUUCCCGGGUGAAGUGCCCCAAUUCAGGCUGCUGGCUGGAGUUCCCCAGUAUUUACGGCCUGAAGUACCAUUAUCAGCGCUGCCAAGGGGUAAGGAAGAUGGAGGGGGCAAUCUCGGAGAAGCUGACUUACUCUUGCUCUUACUGCGAAGCUGCCUUCACAUCCAAGACUCAGCUGGAAAAGCACAGGCUCUGGAACCACUUGGAUAGGCCAGUACCAGCUAGCAAAGCAGAAAACAAAGUGCAGAAAGCUGUUGGCAAGGCCAGUGGCAAGAAAAGAGCUGCUGAGAGUUCAGAUUCCCCCACCAUCCAUCCCAAACAGGCAAAGAUGGAGAAGACUGUGGCCAAGGAGCUCCCUGAGAAUGGAGAGUGCCUGGUGGAGGGCAGGAAGAACAAAGUGUUUCAGAUCACGGCAGCGGAGGCAGUAGCAGCAGCUACCCCGACAGCUAAGUCUUCGAGCUGCAAGGAUCCCAAACAACAAGGGGGCACGCAGCCUUCCCUCCAGGAGGAGGACCCAGAGAGGAUGAAGCACAGAAGGAAACAGAAAACUCCUAAGAAAUUUACCGGGGAGCAGCCGUCCAUCUCGGGGACAUUUGGAUUGAAAGGCCUGGCAAAAGCAGAGGACAAGGCAAAGGCCCAUCGAGCCAAGAAAUUGGAGGGGACCAGCAGCAUGGAUGAGCUGAAAAAGAAGCCUCCAGGAGCUGGUGUGAAAAGGGAGGCUGUCACGCAUUUAUCGUCAGCAAACCCAGAGGACCAAUGGCAGCGGGAGAUCAAUGAGAAAGGAGAAGUUGCCUGUCCUACGUGUGGCAUUAUAACCAGGAAAACCAUUGUUGGGCUCAAAAAGCACAUGGACGUCUGUCAAAAACUGCAGGAUGCCUUGAAAUGUCAACACUGCAAAAAGCAAUUCAAGUCCAAAGCUGGGCUAAACUAUCACACCAUGGCCGAGCAUGUCAACAAGCCUGGUCCUGUGGAAACUGCUGGAGUUGGUGAACAGGAAGAGCGUGAAAGGCUGAGGAAAGUGCUAAAGCAGAUGGGGAAACUGAAAUGCCCCAACGAGGGGUGCACAGCCAACUUUUCCAGUCUGAUGGGGUACCAGUACCACCAGAAACGGUGUGGGAAGCAGCCCUCUGAAGUGGAGAAGCCCAUAUUCACCUGCCCACAUUGCAGGAAGAAGUAUAAAUCCAAGGCAGGACAUGACUACCACAUGCGGUCGGAGCACGCUUCUUCGCCUCCCAAAGAGCCAGAGGUGAAGCCAGAGGCCAGCCCAGUAGAAGAUUUUGAGAGGACUCCUAGUGGUAGAAUCCGGCGCACAUCAGCCCAAGUAGCAGUCUUCCACCUGCAGGAGAUAGCUGAGGACGAACUGGCCAAGGACUGGACCAAACGAAGGAUGAAGGAGGACCUGGUACCUGAAACUAAGCGACUAAAUUACACCCGGCCGGGGCUUCCAAAGUUAAAUCCGAGGCUCUUGGAAACCUGGAAAAAUGAAGUGAAGGAGAAAGGACACAUCAACUGUCCCAAUAACAGCUGUGAAGCCAUCUACUCCAGCGUUUCUGGCCUGAAAGCCCACCUGACUAACUGCAACAAGGGAGACCACUCUGUUGGGAAGUACCGGUGCCUUCUCUGCCAGAAGGAGUUUAGCUCAGAAAGUGGAGUCAAGUACCAUAUCCUCAAGACUCACUCAGAGAACUGGUUCCGAACCUCUUCAGAGGCUGCCCAGAAGAAAAAGAACAGGGACCAGAUUUCCUCCAGCCAGGAGGAGAAAAUGAAAAGCACAAGUGGGAAGAAAAGGGGGAGGAAACCCAAGGAAAGGCCCCCGGAAAUGUCUCCGACAGGCAGGGAGAGCUCGGCAGCAAAGACUAAUCAUAAGAAAGUCCCGGAGCCCUGGGAAGGAUCCAACUGCAGCACCGAAGGGAGAGAGAGAGGCACCAAGCUGCCCACCCACAGGAAAGGGGGAGCCAGUAAGAUGCCUGAGAAAUAAGGGGUUCAGAGACUCUCCGAGCAUUAGUUUACAGCCCAGGGUAAUGGGGUGGGGCCCCUCACGGUUUUCUCUCCCCGCCCCCUGCUCAUCCAUUUGUUUGUUUUUUUUAAAAAAAAAAACAACAACAAAAAAACCACUUUAAAAUCAUGGACCUUGUUUCACACUGGAAAAAAAGAAAAGACUGCGAUCCUCCAUCCGUCACCCCCGUGCACACGCCCGUACCCCUCGACUCCCCUCCACACACACGCGUGUGCACUUGUGUGUACACACGGGCUGCACAACUCCUCUGCCGACGUGUCACGUAACGCAGCCAAACCCCUGCAAAGCGGGGACUCCCCCGCCGACCGCUUCCUUCAAAUUCUGUGCGCUGAACUGGUGAUGCUUGAGCAAGAGGAAAGUGCAAUAGAGGCAGGGCGUAAAAGUUUUUUAUUUGGGAUUGCUUGUUGGAUUGCAGUGCCAGCACAGGAACAUGAUUGGUUUCUUUUUGGGUGGGGCAGGGGCGGGAGGAAAAUGAUCUUUUAGACAUCAUCUGUACCAUGCCCACAAAUGGUACGACAGCCUGUGGCUUGUUAGUUGUGAUGACCUAGGGGCAGGAUUGAAGAGGUGUCUCCAGUGAAUAGGUUUUGCCUACCUGUUGCAGUGGCUGGUGAGGCUUAGAAGAUGCCAGUCCCAAAGCCAGAUGCAGAACAUGGUUAUAGCCAGGAUCCAAAGCAUAGCGCCCUUAGGAAAGAUUUUGGGUUUGUGAGGCAAGCUGGUGCCCCGUGGCACCCACCCGGAAGAGCCAUAGUUAGUCCACUGUGUGUCUCUGAGUGAUGCUCUUGCUGGAUUCCCAAUGGGGAGCUGUAGCUCAGAAGCCCACCUGUCAAUUUCAAAAGAUGUCAUGGGUCCGAGCAUUUAACCCAUGGUCUGUUGGUUUCAUGGCCUGGCCAGUGUGUUGGGCGUGGUUUCUUCUCCACCAUCAGGGUAGGGAGGUGUGGUGACUGAAUGUGGCAGUGCGUUCGCCGUAGCACAAAGAGUUUGUCUGUUAGGGCUGUUGUCAUUCACAAGCAGCAAAGAAUGCUCAGCGAGGCAAGAAACAUGCCUGUGGGGCAUGAGAAAAAGAUCAUGACUGUCAGAGGUGCAGCGCACUUGUGACUCCAACGAAAGUACACUGGCGUAGCAGGUUCUCAGCACCUCUGGAAAUCAGGCUCAAUGAAACCAGUCCCAAGGAAGAGUUUUUUAUGUGGGGGGGUGAGGGGGCAUUUGUUUUAUUUUUUUAACUGAAGGCUGGGCAGAUGCAAAAUUAUCUGAGCUCCAUUGUCAGAUUGAAGAGGAGAAAACCCCUCUGGAUUUUGAGAGAACUUUUCCAGACUUUUUAAAAAAAAAUGUACAUCAAUAUAAAAUACUGUAUCAAAUUGAUACUAGCUAUUGGUACAAAUAGCCUGUUAGCAACAGAGCUGGGUGACUGCUGCAGAAAAUAUGCAUGGACAUUUCUUUGAAUUCCCCCUUUCUGUGCUCGCUUUCUGCUGGCAGGAGUGUUCACUACAGGAGCAAACGCUGUGGAGGAUUGGCAGAAAGAGACUUUCAAAUUCGUGAUCAUGAGCCUUCACCCCAGACAGCUGAUUCUAAGAGUGAGGCUCAUUCAAUCAGGGGUCAGAAACAAACCACGUGACCUAUCUGUCCAAUCAAAUCAGCUCCACUUUUGAAUACUGAAGACUCACAAAGACCCAAGAGGGUGAAGAACUUCCGAUAACGAAUCCAUUUGAGAACAUUGCAAGAUGAUCAUGGACAGAGAAAGAGGCAAAAGUCAUCCAAGUGCUCUAUGAAUUAGUCACCCAGUUCUCUUCACUAGGCCAAUGAGAUCUCUCCAGCCUGAAUUUGAUGCACUGCAUUGGCACCAAGUGACAAUCACAGGUCAUGCUUUAUAGGUCACACCUCCGUGGCUUGAUGGAUGCACUCCUCUCUUGACUUGUUCUUACUCCCUCCCUUUGAGAGGAACAUGCCGCGGCCCAGGGGAGCAGCCUCUGAUCCCCUGAAACUCAUACUGACCUCAGUUCAUCUUCCCAAUUUGUCAUUAUUGGGAGUCCCUUUUAAACAACCACACUUGUUUUGUGUUAGUAUUUCUCUGAGCGGAAAUUCUCAGAACACCUUGCUCUGGGCUGGAGGAGAAACUUCCCCAGACCAAAGUCCAUCGGCUUUUAGACAAAUACCAGGCUACCUCGCUCCUUGAUAAAUACAUGGGGCUCACUGCAGUUCAUAUCACAAGGAGGCUUACCAGAGCAUUUUUGUAACAUGUUUUUCACUUGCCAGUGCAACAAAACCCAAGGAGCCUUUCCCUCAUUUGUUCCAAAUUGGGGGGUUUGGAAGGUUACGUUCAGGGGGAAGAAAUUCUGCUUAUUUAGUCAAUUAAAACCUUGACCUUCACUUUGCUUCACUGCAUUUCACAGCCUGUCCUCCAUCCUCUCGAUUCUUAAUAUUUUUUCAUGCUCUGAAGAGCCAUUCAGUCAUAAUUAACGUCCUUCUCCAGUGACACAUUAUUACUGCCUCAGAGAUAGAGCUGUCUACUCCUGAUGUCAGGUCAACUCCUCUGGGGAAUCCUUGCUUAAGUGCCCACCAUAUAUCUUGACAGCUGAAUUAAAACGUGUGGCUAAAGUGUCCGCUACUUGCCCCUGAAAAUUGUGGCCUACAGUUUGCUCGGGAUAAAAUCUCUCCCUUGCAUUUGGCCAUUGUUUACAGAACACUGCUGGGCCGCAUUUUAAAGCAAUUAGUGAACAAAUUUAAUUAGCCAGCACAUCUGGCCCUGUCUGCCUUUUGGGCAUCAUUGGUUCUGUUGUUUAUCUUGCUGUCAGUAGCGCAAAGUACAGAUCUUAUCCCCCAGGGGAAGAGGAUGCUUCUUAGUAGCCAGAAGGCCGGCGAUUUCCUAGCCUUUGCUACAGGAUAAACUGGAGCUAACUUUCCUCGCAACUUUCCAGUACAUUGCAAAGAAAGUAGGAAAAAGACAACCAGUUGAAAUUUUGCAGUCGUUUUGGUGAUAUUCUAGCCAGAGCUCAACCGUAGGGCUGCCUGUUUCAAAUGGAGUCAUCAAAGCAGUAAUUACUAGAAAGCCAUUGCAUUGAGGGUUAUUUUUCCCAGAGUGGCGAAAUGCUGUUAAGCUGUAUCCCGCCGAUGCUCCAGGGAGGUGCUAUCCUGCCAUUGUUCCUUGCUAAUAUUGCCACUUGCUAAAAGGUCCUAGAGCAGCAGUAGCAUUCUGCCAUUCCCUCGCAGGAAUGGAACACAGCGUGAGAAGGGAUGUGAGAAGUAAUGGGGCCUCGGAUUUUCAAAAAAAGCACAUCCAGUUAUGCUCCUAAAUCUGUAUGUAGGCUCCUAAAUAAAGUGACCUGAUUUCUCAGCCGCGCUGAGCGCCCAGCUCCCGUUGACAUCAGUGAACGCUGCUGGAUGCUCAGCACUUUUGAGAAAUUGCGUCAUUUUAUCUCGGAGCCUAAAUCUGGACAUUUGAAGCUUGAUUUCAGGCUCCUGCUUUUCAUAAUCUCAGUGAGAACUGUUUGAAUAGUUACAGAUUAAACAUCAGCUGGAAGGUGUUUAGAUGUUCAGAUAAGGAUCGUGACACAGCAGAAAGCAUGGCUGAAAGGAAUAGAGGAAAGGCUGUGGAAAGAGGCAAGGAGAACGCAUCGUGGCAUGUACUGUACAAAUAGCAAGAUUACACUUACACACAAUUGGUAUUGUGUAGGCCCAGGCCUUGAAAAACGUGGGUCCCAAAGCACACUUGCUGCACCCUCAAAUUCUGCAGGUCUGAUUGUGCACAUUGGCUGUCACACACCACGAUCGUGUGUCUUGUGUAUGCUUCAGUGCACAUGCUUCUGCUGGGGCACCCACAGCUACCUCCUUUAAAGAACUGAGCCCCUAGGCCCAAAAUCUUCCCCUCACCCCAAGUAAAUGGGCCAGGCACUGGGCAAGGAGGAGUCCUCUUCUCAUGGCACCAGAGCAGCUACUCAAGGCUAAUGGCUCCUGGCUUCAAAUCCGCAGUGUCCUGCUCUCCAAGGAGACAUCACCAAUCUGGGCUGUGCAGCAUGUGUGGGGUUCCAGCAGCUGGGCUUCCCUUUGCCCCCGGAAGAGGAGGCAGGGCGGGCUCCUUAGCACUGGAAACACCCUGACCUUUAUUUUCAGUGACCAUCGCAUGUUUUUCAUUAAUAGAAUUGCAGGAGGACACUUUGGUUUUGUGACGUCCCAGCUUUACAAACAAAAGCAGCUUUGUCAGAUACUCUCAACACGAGGGGACAUCCAGCGCCACUUCAGGGGUCUCGCCCAGCUCUGCGCAGUUCAAAAUGGGAUCUUCUGGAUAGCCACUGACUGGGAGCUCCUCUCAUAUGGGCCAGUACAUUCUCUCCUGAGGCCUUUCUUGAGUGUGGAAUUGGUUGUGAUCAGACAGGGGACAUUGCAGUUGUUUAUAUCUGUUACAUGGGUGUGUCUGACAUGGGCCUGAGCCACAGAAUCUGCAUCUGAAGCCAGGUCUCCAAGACUCCUGUAUCUGGGAGUACUUGGAUCUGCGAGUUCCAUUUGGUCUGUGAGAGAGAAUUAGAGGAAUUUAGAGCUGGUUCCCACUGGGAACUUUCCAAAAGUUUGGGGGCUGUUUGGAUCCAAGUUUUGGCUUCUCGUCCAUUUCUGAUUGCACAGUAUCUGCUGACAUACAUCCACUCCAGAUGUGUGAGCGUCACCCAGUUAAAGCCUGAAAACGUAUCUCAGCACUAUUCUCAGUGACAGCUGAUGUGGGGAUUCUCCUUAAGCUCAAAUGGUAGAGCAGCUGCUGCUGCUUUUAGAUGUCAUCGUGUUCCUCAGUUCAAGUCCCAAAAGGGAUGGAUUCCACUCAGUGGCAACCAGUUUGUGGUUCAGUCCUGCUGGUGGCACGUUGUCUGGUUGGUGUGUGAACAGCAGUGGGCCAGGUUCAUGCUGCGGGGGGACAACUGUGUGCUUGUGUGCUAGAUCACAG